AUGCCACAUGCACACACUCCUAUUUUUCUGUCACUCACAGACUCAUGUGUGCCAACACUGGACGAGAACACAGCCAACACCCACUUGGCCUUCUCCGAGGGACGCUCUCAGGUGAGCUUCCUGGAGGAGCCACAGCUGUACUCUGAGCGUCCGGAGCGCUUUGCCUUCUGGCCACAGGUGUUGUGCAGGGAGAGCCUGUCUCACCGCAGCUACUGGGAGCUGUGGUGGACGGGGCACGUCGAUGUUGGCGUGGCCUACAAGACCAUGAACAGGAAGCUGGAGGACAGCAGGUGUGUGCUGGGCCAAAAUGACCAAUCCUGGAGCUUGGAAUGUCAUGACGAUAGUAACAGCAGCAGCAGCAGCGGUGGCAAUGACGGGGCCAAGCAACACGGACACCGUUACUGCGCCUGGCGCAAUGGGAAGAGGGUGGAGGUGCCGUCCUCAGGGUUGGAGGAGGGGACUCCCCACGUGGCGACGCCAUCAUCAUCAUCCUCCAGGAGGAGGGUGGGGGUGUACCUGGACUGGCCGGGUGGGAAUCUGUCCUUCUACUGCGUCUCCACGGAUGCUAUCCAGCACCUCCACACGUACCGGGCCACCUUCACUGAACCGCUCUUUGCGGGCUUCAUGGUGUGGCCCAAGGCCUCCGUCACCCUGUGCAAGAUCAGGAGGAGGGGCCAGGGGCCCCUACAACACACACAACGUAGAGUGGGGGCGAUGACAGUAUAAGCUUGGACAAAUGCAUGGGCACGUGUGCAGUAGUCUAGAUCAGUGGUU